UAGCGCGUGCAAUGUGUAAAUCGGCAUUUGUUUAAAUAUUGAUGUGUACAUAUAGUAAUGGGAUUAUGACGCCAGGAGCUGGUCAAGUGAAUUGAGUGAUAUACGAUAAUACACAUUGUUGCCGACGCCACAGCCCCGCGUAAGCUGCUUCCAUGUUGCACGAUUUUUAAGUCAAAAGGAAGAUUAGAGCUUGUGCACCCGUUAUCUACUAUCUCGUAGUAGCCUCCUUGCCCCGCGACCCCCACGAGUAUUGUGCAUUGCAUUCAUUAAUACAAAUGCAAGCUAACUGCACAAUAAUAACUUUUGGAAUUGAUAAUAAAUAGAGCUAUCAACGUUCAAACUGCAUAUAGACUGAUCUAAAAAGCGUUCGAAUUGAUGUAUAUAUAAUGAGUAGAGCCGAACAGAGUGCGCCACAGUGAAUCAGAGAAACAAGAGAGCGUGAAGGAAGCAUUGUAGCAUUGCAUAUAUAAAAGUAGUCGGAGCAGCGCCUGGUAAAGAUGGCGCGUCAUAUAAUGGCGGUAUGUGUGGUGUGCCUCCUGUGUGCACAACGACUGCACUGUCAAGAUCAUCUGGCUGGCAAUAUGCCGUUGGCCGCACAACGCAUCGAUGAGCUGCUCAAUGCGCGCUUAUUGAACGGCAGCCCAAAUCCCUCCAGCGAAGCAAUUGACACCACCGAAUUGGACCAGAGACUGUUAGCUGAUGAGAGCGAUACGCUGAACUAUAGCACAAGUCCGCCCUUUAGGAGACGCAAGCGUCAUGCCGGCCACGACGAACAUGUCACGCAUAACCCGCAGCUAACGGACUACUAUUUGCAACAGUUGAUGCAACAGCAACAUAUGCUAAGCUCCAGCGGCUUCCACGCAUUGCUACAACAAUUGGGCCUUAAUCAACUGCUAAGCAAGAGCAACAAUAAUAGCUGCGUUUCUACGUCAGACCUGGUGCAACAUGUGAAACCGCACGAUCUCACCCAUCAACACAGUCAUCAUCAACAUCAACAUCAACAUGAACAUGAACACGAUCCGUCGUCGCAGCUUAACAAUUGCACUCUGGAGCAAUCGCUGAAUGGCAAUAAUGUCUCCAACAUUACCUGCCCGCCACAACAACAACUAGAGCAUGAGCCACAUGAGGCACACUCGGACUAUCAGCUAAGUGCAGAGCAUUUGCUGCAUUUGUGUCCCGUGCUGUUGCAUGAACUGGCCACCAGCAGUGGUGGUUGCAUAGAGCCUGCUACGUUGGCUGUUAUUGAUAACAAUGAGCGCAAGCAGCAGCAAAAGGAUGAUAUAUUUUAUGUGUGGAUUUAUGCUUUUACUUCAGUGUUUGCAUGUGGCAUUUUGGGGCUGGUAGGCGUGGCCAUUAUACCAUUUAUGAACUCGCGCUAUUACAAGCACAUAAUACAAUAUCUAGUGUCAUUGGCUGUAGGCACUAUGACUGGAGAUGCUUUGCUACAUUUGCUGCCACAUUCACUUGCUGGCCAGGAUGAAAAAGGCAUGAUUAACAAAGGCUUAGGCUGUCUAAGCGGCAUUAUCUUCUUCUAUAUCACCGAACAUGCAUUAACUAUGAUCUCGGAGUGGCGCAAGAGUGUGGAGAAAAAAGAGAUAAAGAAACCAUCACGUGCUAAAGUCAUGCGCGAUCCAGACUCUUCGGUAAACAAUUCUGUAGCCGGCGAUAGAGUGUGCAAGCAAAAGUAUAGCUCGUAUCCUUAUUGCUAUGAUGAGAUAACCAUGAACAAUAAACAGGAUGUUUGGAUGCAUGACGGUGGCGCUGUACCAGCAACUGUAAAUGCGGCGGCUGCAGGUGCUGGUGGCGAUGCUACUAGUGCCGAGUCCAGCAUUCGUCGUUGUGACAAGACAGAACAUGAUGAAGGCACUGCUGCAGCACAAUCCCUGCUUUCCACUUCGCACAAUAAUUAUGCCGAAAUGAAUCAUCAUCAGCACAAUCACCAUCAGCAGGCACAGGAUAGCAGCAAUAGCGCCACCACAGAACUGGACACAACUACAUCUAAUGGUGGUACUGUGGCCAAGGAUAAAAAUGAUCAUGUUACUGUUAUUUUGCGUGAGCAUGAAUCCUCCCAUCAUGGCCACAGCCAUCGUCAUGGACAUGUGCAUUCACCUCCAGAAACUUUAAGUGCUGUUGCCUGGAUGAUUAUCAUGGGUGAUGGUCUGCAUAAUUUUACCGAUGGCAUGGCUAUAGGUGCUGCAUUUGCGGAAAAUAUUGCUGGUGGCUUCUCCACCUCAUUGGCCGUGUUUUGUCAUGAGCUACCGCAUGAGUUGGGCGACUUUGCCAUACUCAUGAAGGCGGGCAUGUCUGUCAAAUCAGCAGUUUAUUAUAAUUUGUUAACUGGCGUGCUAAGUUUUAUAGGCAUGAUCUUUGGCAUUGUGUUUGGUCAAUCCCAAGAGGUGGCACAAUGGAUGUUUGCCGUUGCGGCAGGUCUUUUUAUCUACAUUGCGCUGGUCGAUAUGAUGCCUGAGAUCUCUGCUGCUCACAAGUCACUGGCGCAGUUUUUGCUGCAAAUUCUGGGCAUGCUUAGUGGUGUCAUUAUUAUGUUGUUUAUUGCCAUGUAUGAGGGUGAACUAUUGAAUGCAUUUGGAAGCUCAACGCCUAGUUCGGCCCAUCACUAAAGGAGAUGCGAAGGAGCUUGCAAGCCACGGCAGAGUCUUCUGGCGUAUUAUGUAUAUUUCUUUGCGAACAUAGGAAUUUCAUUUUGUAUAUUACUUUAGUAGGUAUGUUAACAUACACACACACAUCCUCACACACACACACACAGCAAGUCAUUAAUUAAUUGCAAACAUAAGUAAAAGCAUUUGUUAAACAGUUUAUGAAACAAAACACAUUUAACAUACACACUUAUAGACACGUUAACUGCCAACGCAGCUUCUUUAAUUUGUUCCUAACACACACAAACUCACACACAGAAAUAUUUAAUUUAAGAAGCGUUCAAUGUCCAUAAGCUAUAAAGUGAUUAUGAAUUUAAAAUAUCGAUUGAUACAAGCAAAAUUACAAAUUUGCUCAAAAACCUAAGAAAUUGAACAAACAAUAGCAAAACAAUAACGAAAAUACAUGGAACAAACCGAGCACUGAUAAAAUUGUUAACAAUUAAGAACCAGGCUUAAGCAGAAGCUCAAAGUAUCAUUGAUCGUUAGCAUGAAUGAAAAUUUGGUCGCUUACAAAACUAAUAAUCGCAUAACUGCAACAAAAGCAACAUUACUUACAGCUUAAGAUUUGAUUAAUAUUGUAGCAAUGUAUAUAAAAACAAAUUAUAUACGUUUUUUGUACUGGUAGCGUGCGCAUGUUAUUUUCACGCCUACUUUAGAGUUUAGAAUUAUAA